GCAUUUUGCCAUCCCUCCCUCAGAGUCCUGUCCAGGUGGAUGUUCUGUCUCCGUACACCUACUAAACUAAAAUGUCAUAAUUUUAAUUUUUUGUGCCAAAAUAGAGGCAGUCAUCUUCAAUUCGAACGCCGAAAGUCGAAAAGCGGUGAAAAACAAUCCAAGGAAAAAAAAAAAAAGGUGGUCUGUUAUAAGUUAAGAAAUAUCCCUAAUCCCCUGUUCCUUUCUGGUGAUGAGCAGCAUUUCUUUGUUAAGAAAUAUCAGCCAACGCUGCCUCCAUACUAGCUUUUCCACAGAAACCUCCCUUUCAAUUCAACAAUGGAGAUUCUACACUGGCGUUCGUUCUCCUCAGCAUUUCAUAAGAUCCAGAAACCCCAAAGUCUCACCCUCUAUAUAUUCACUCUUUCCCUCGUAUUGUUUUUCGACAUUGAAUUCAAAAUCUAAAGUUGGGUUUAUAGGAUGGUAUUUGGGGAAGCUCGAUUCUCGCCCAAUCGUGACUAAAACUGUCACAACUUCUCUUAUUUUCGCGGCUGCGGACUUGACUGCUCAGAUGUUGUCACAAUCAUCUGGUUCAUUUGACUUCAUAAGGACAGCACGCAUGGCUAUGUAUGGUUUACUAAUUUUAGGGCCAUCACAGCAUCUAUGGUUCAAUAUUAUUUCUACGGCUUUGCCAAAACGUGAUGUGUUGACUACCUUGAAGAAAACUUUUAUGGGACAGGCUAUUUAUGGACCUGUUAAUGCCACUAUUUUCUUCUCCUACAAUGCAGCUUUACAAGGUGAAAGUAGUGAUGAGAUUGUUGCUAGAUUGAAGCGUGAUGUGCUCCCAACAUUGAGAAAUGGUCUUAUGUAUUGGCCAAUCUGUGAUUUUUUUACGUAUAAAUUUGUUCCUGUUCAUCUACAGCCCCUGGUGAACAGUACAUGUUCAUAUUUGUGGACGAUCUAUUUAACAUACAUGGCCAGUUUACAAAAAGUGAGCACCAGCUGAUGUGACGAUCUUGACUUCAAAUCCAUACUUGAAGAAAGGGAUGAAACAAUUUUGACCAUCUUGCCGGUACUAGAUCAGCUGUUAACGUUAAAUUUCUGAUUGUUGCUGGGAAGUACACUUUUAGCUUUUAGACAAUUAGUUGACAUGAUAUUUGCUGUUCAGAUUUGGAACUGGGAUGCAGAUUGACUGCAGACCAGGGACGAGUUCUGAGUUACAUGGAUUCUGGUUCCUUUCAUAAUUAUGUUAGCAUUGUCUGCUUUCGAUAAAGAUUGUGUUGCUAGCAUGUAAUGCCUUUGAGUGUGUUCUUUCCUCCUCCUUUCAUAACAGCGGGAAAUUGUCAGAACUUUUUGCAUACUGGUUAUUGUUUAAAUGGGUUGAUUAUAAGCUGCAGUUUGAGAAUUAUUGCUUCAGACAAAUGUAACACGACUCAUAAUUCUUAAGAGAAAUUGAUGAGGGAUUUUCUA